AUGCAACUCAGGAUAUACUGCUGGGCCUUUUUGGCUACCAUUGCUUUCAGCUUAGUUAGGUGCAGCCUCGCUAAUGAGAACAAGGAACAAAAUCUAAAGGAAAAAUUAACGGGAAGUACGACAUAUAAUUCAUUUGGCGAUGACAUCUACCUUGAUGACCAAGAUGGACUAGAGGGCUCAGGCCGUGGAGGUGGUGAAGUUCGUGACGACCUCGAGGCAUCUGGUAGUGGCCUUGGGCCUGAUGAUGAGGACGGUGACGACGAAUUUACGAAUCAUAAUACAAUUGAACCAGUGGCAAACAAACCAGUGGAACCUAAAGUUAUCGAAGAAACAAUAUACAAGACCAAACAGACAAGCAUCGAUACUGUUAAUCGACCAGACUCGGGAGUUGAUGUAGUUGAGCCCCCAAGUGGCGAGGAGGAACGCGACGAAGAUAUAGAAGACACACAUGAAGUGUAUAUCAUGAAUCCAAAACAUGAAGAUAGGGCAAGUUCCUUCUUUGCUCAACCUGGUGUCUUGGCGGCGGUGAUUGGAGGUGCGGUUGUUGGUCUACUGUGCGCGAUUCUCGUAGUUAUGUUCAUCGUCUAUAGGAUGCGUAAAAAGGACGAAGGCUCGUACGCCCUCGACGAACCGCGCAGAUCGCCAGCAGCGAACGCCUACCCGAAGCCUGGAGCGCCCCAGCACAAUCGCGAGUUCUAUGCUUGAAGAGGCAGAAGCCUUUCUAUUUACAUUUCCUAGGAUAUCGAUAUAGGAGCAGCGGCAGUCGCAAAAGCGAAUUGAGAGUCAAGUGUCCGUUGGCCUCUCUCCAUCUUACUUUUUCCUUCCCCUUCGUUCAUUUUCUAACCCUCUUCGUUGACUUAAGUAGGGGAAGGACACGCGCUAGUCCCUCGGCGGCCCGGCUGCCUCGUCCCGCUCUACAAUGCUCGAUCAAGAGGGCAAAGCUACGACUUGAGUGUCAUCCAAAGUGUACAUCCGCAGAAAGAUAAACACCUCAUACGUUCACCGUUGGCUUCGAGCAGGACUCGGAUCGUCGAGGGCUUUGCUGUACACCGUUAACGAAUUGUCCAUCGCAUUAUCGACAGGGAGACUUAUAUAUAUAUAUA